AUGGAAAUUGAGGUUGAACAAUUGAAAUUGAAGUUACAAGAAUCUGAAUCAAAACAGUUGGCCAUCGCUCAUUUGGCAAAGGAGGUAUUAGAUAAAGAUAAAGAGAAAGAUCAGCGUCUUUUAACUCUUACUGAAGAGAAUCAACAACUUCUUCAAGAUUUAACUCGAUUACAAGCAUUAAUCAAAAGUCGUGAUGAAUAUCUGGCUGAUACUGAAAGCGAAGUAGCGAAACUUCGCAGUGAAAUUGCUGAAAUCAAUUCGUGCAAAAGUGGAUAUUUAGAAAUGGAACAGAAAUUGUCUUUGCUCCGUGCUGAGGUUGAUGAAAAAACUGGAAUGUUACUGCAGCGACAGCAAGAAGUACAAGACCUGAAAAAAAUAUUAGUUUCGAAAGAACGGGAACUUCAAGAAGUGUCAAAAAAACCUGAAACUAUAGUUCCUCAUACACCAAAUAAAUUUUCAGAAUCAGAGCAAACAAAAUUGAAGGAAAAAAUGGUUAUCCUUUAUAUAGAAUUGGAAUCAGAAAAAAUCGUGAUGGCUGAAGAAAUUUCAAUCCUGCAAGAAAAAUUACUUUUUACUAAUCGAAAUUUAGAAAAUGAGCGAAGUCGUGUAGAAGAACUUACUACCAUAUGUAACGGCUACAAACACGAUGUGGAUGAGUUGAAAGUACUGUGUAAUGAACUAACAUCUAAAUUGGAAAACAGCAACAAGUCGAAAAUGGCAAAAAAAGGAAAUUCUAUGUUCUUUGAGUUUGUUGAUGAAAGAGUCAAAUUGGAAAAAGAUCUCCUGACGUUGAAAGCCCAAAAUGACUUUCUUAUUAGUCAAAAAGAAGCAAAUGAAUUGGAAUUAAACGAAUUGCGACACGAGUUGGUUCUUGCAUUAACUUCGCAUAAGGAUAAAGAAACAUUAGGUGGUGAUACGAGCACGUUACAAUCGGAAAUCUCUCGAUUGCGUACGGAAGUAAUGACACUUAAUACCAAGUUACGAAAUAGAUACAGUGAAAAUAUUGAAGAAUCAGUCCCAAACACAUCUCGAGUCGUUGACUUCAAAGAAUUCGCUUUCAAUAGCCUUAAAGAAGAAGUGAAGGUGUUGUAUGGGAAGUUAGAAAAGGCAGAAAAGGACCGUACGGAAUAUUUUGAUAAAGCUCGAGAGUAUGAGAUUCGGUAUCUAGAUCAGCAUAGGCGAUCUCGGGAAUUAGCUAAUUUAGUAGAGUCCAUGAAGAAGCGCCUUGUUUUGGAUUCAAAGAAACAUUCAAAUAAUGCUUUUCUGACAACUCUAAAGCCAUGCAGAGAAGCUCUAUCUGAACAGAUAACAAGUCUCAAUGAAAAAAUUGCUGAUAUCAAUCAAAUCGAUUCUGGAGAUCCAGCCAUUAGUGUAAUGCAAAGUUCUUUGAUGUAUUCAGUGUCAGAUCCUAAAAUCUCAGCGAAUCCUACGAAAGAGGAGAAAAUUGCGGAUAGAAAAAAUGUAUCGGAUCCAAUUCCCCAUGGAGCAGCAGUUGCUGAUCAAAAUGAAGCUCCAAAUACAACGUUGAAGCCUAGUGAAGAAAAAGUUUCCACGAAAAAACGAUUGAAAUUUGAAUUACGUAAUGAAGAAAGUAAACAGAUCUCAGAUGACAACAGGCUAGAUGAGUAUAUUUUCAAACGAAGACCGGAACGAAAAAUAAUCAAAAAAGUAUGUGAAGCUAAUCGUCUCUGA